UCGACCGGAUCGACGACAGCUCGACACCCUUUGAUCGCUCUUUGCUCUCCAACCGCGCACUACAGCCGAACACAAAAUGCCCGCCGACAGCUACCUAAAGGCCGACCCCGAGCUGAAGAAGGAGCUCUCUGAGAUCGCCCAGGCGAUCGUCGCUCCUGGCAAGGGUAUCCUCGCCGCCGACGAGUCCACCGCCACCAUCGGCAAGCGUCUCCAGAGCAUCAACGUCGAGAACAACGAGGAGAACCGCAAGGCCUACAGGCAGCUCCUCUUCACCACCAACAAGGAUGUCAUCGGUAACCACGUGUCCGGAGUGAUCCUGUUCCACGAGACCCUGUACCAGAAGGCUGACGAUGGCACCCCCUUCGUCCAGCUGCUCAAGGAGCGCAACAUCAUCCCCGGCAUCAAGGUCGACAAGGGUGUCGUGCCCCUCUUCGGCACCGACGACGAGUGCACCACCCAGGGUCUCGACGACCUCCAGGCCCGCUGUAUCCAGUACAAGAAGGACGGCUGCCACUUCGCCAAGUGGCGUUGCGUCCUCAAGAUCAAGAAGGACUGCCCCUCGAAGCUGGCCAUCCUCGAGAACGCCAACGUGCUCGCCCGCUACGCUUCCAUCUGCCAGAGUGCAAGGAUAGUGCCCAUCGUCGAGCCCGAGAUCCUACCCGACGGUGACCACGAUCUCCAGAGAUGCCAGCAGGUCACCGAGGAGGUCCUCGCCGCCGUCUACAAGGCGUUGGCAGACCACCACGUCUACCUGGAGGGAACUCUGCUGAAGCCCAACAUGGUGACACCCGGCCAGAGCUGCCCCAAGAAGGCGACGCCCCAGGAGAUCGCCGCGGCAACCGUGACUGCGCUCUCGCGCACUGUGCCCCCGGCGGUGCCCGGAAUCACCUUCCUCAGCGGUGGCCAGUCCGAGGAGGAGGCUUCCGUCAACCUCGAUGCCAUCAACAAGUUCCCCGGCAAGAAACCCUGGGCUCUUACCUUCAGCUACGGUCGCGCUCUCCAGGCUUCCGUGCUCCAGGCUUGGGGCGGAAAGAAGGACCAGAUCAACGCCGCUCAGGACGAGCUCAUCAAGCGAGCGAAGGCCAAUGGCGCAGCCUGCCAAGGCAAGUACGUAGCUGGCAGCAUCAAAAGCUUGGCUGGCUCGAGCUCGAACCACGUCAAAGCGCACGCAUACUAAAUAAAAACCCUACAAUACAAAUGCCUUGUUGCCACAGCCACUGUUUGAAUCCUAAUUCUAACUUAGCGAACAGCGAAUCCGCACUUGGAAAGUACGCAGGUGGUGUUGCCGGAGCCGCUGGCGAUGCUGCACUCUUUGUCGCCAAUCACGCUUAUUAAAUUAAAUGAAAUCGCAGUUCAUAAAAUAAUAUCUAAAUAAAAAACAGUACGCUAUUAAAACAAUAUGAAUAAAAGAAAAUUACCACAUGAUAGAUUCUGUGGCGUUGCAUCAACUCGAGUGUGAACAGUUAUAUGUAAUAGCACAAGCAAGGAGAGAAGAGUGAGCGUCACGAAUAAAUUGUUAUCCUAUAUUGAUUUUAUUACACGCAAAUCAAGCGAGUCGUUUUUAUCAGUCAAAGCUAAGCUGAGAUGUUAUGCUUGUUAUACAUAUAUACAUUUUAAUUUUUUUCUUUUUUCUUAAGUAAUAAAAAUUCCAGGAGGAAAGAUCGGUGUUUGAUUGAUUUAUCUCGCCCUGUUACGAUUCGCGUUGCAAAAGCUUUUCGAACCACUCAUUUUGUUAAAAGAAUCAUCGGACGCCGAUGCUUUUUGCUUGUCACAGUCUAAGGCAUGGAAUUUCCCUCGCUCUUGUAUUUGCUGCUAAAUAUACAUAUCAACUGCUGUAUGUGCUUCAAGAAAUACAUGACGCGAUGGGCGUUGAUUAUUGUGAUUUUUUUUUUAAUAAUUUUUGUUUCAAAUCUUUUGGAUAUGUUUAUUCUGUGAAUUCGCUGAGACUUCUUACUUCAACAAUUGAAUGUCGUUACGCGUAUAUACUUAUAGUACAAUAAUCGUCUAUGUGUAUCGUUAUUUAUGCGCUUAUUUUAUGAGAAACGUGUCAAAUGGGAGUCCUAUAAAUGUUCUUGGUUUUAAAAAUAGUCGGAUGUUGUACAUCAUUAUAGAUGAUUUUAUGCGAAAUAUUGGAGUAUAUGAUAUUAUUAUGUCGUUAAAAAAAUUAUAUAUUGUAAAGUGAAGUUCAAAAAGAAUUAUGUAAAAAUUGAUUCAAAAUUUAUGGAUUAAAUUACCAUGGAGGAUACAAAUUGAAAAAUGUGUAUUCUUCAACCGUUUUUUCUAAACCU